AUGAAAAUCGUCGUUGGUGGCGCCAGCGGCUUUGUCGGCACCGAGGUCUUGCGCCAGAGCCUGGCCAGGCCCGAGAUCACCUCCGUCGUCGCUCUAAGCCGAAGACCCAUCACUGUCCCCGAAGGCUCGGAUGCCUCGAAAUUCAAGAAUCUAGUUCUCAAGGAUUUUGGAAACUAUUCCGAAGAAGACAAGAAGGAGCUGGCUGGUGCGAGUGGGUGCAUCUGGACCAUCGGUCUUGUCCCCAACAAGCUUCUCGGCCACAGCAAGGCGGACGCUCGGCGAAUUUGUCUCGAUUACACCGUGAGCGGCAUCAAGGCAAUUCAUGAAGCUGGUCCGGCAAAACCCUUCCGCUUCGUCUACGUCAGUGGCGCUCCGAUUUCGCGAGACCCAAACAAAUGGCAACCUUUCAUGGGAGAUUAUUUUCGACUGAGGGGAGAGGUUGAGAGAGCUGUAAUCAAGUACGCCGCCGACAGCAACGGCGAGGUCGAGGCUACCGUAGUUAAGCCGUCGUACAUUGGUCCGACUCACGCGAGUGUCAUCAAGUCCAUCAUGAACGUGUUUGGGACUCUCCAUCUGGCCAAGACCGUUGGCGUCGACGAGAUCGCCGCGACGAUGCUGAGCCAGAUCAUAGAUGGGAUUGAGAAAGAUCCGUUGGAGAACGAGGAUCUUGUUAGAAUUGGGCGAAAAACUCUGGGCGAGUGGAAGAAAUAA